AUUUUCACAGUAUUACCAGCCACAAGAACACAAGUACUGUGGGAGCCUACUCCUCCCAAACACUUCCCCUACUCUCCAAACCUUCAGAACAAACCUGACUAUUUUCUAGCUGCACUCGUUGUUACUCUUCGCUCGAACGUUGCUUGCAAACUCGACCUCACGCCAACGGAACGUGCAGCAACUACCGAAAACCCGGUUGCACCACAUCUACAUUCUUCGCUGGGCUUCGGCUCUCCCACGAGGGAAUAUCUUUACAAACCGAUACAUACAUUGCUCACUGAGACGGCAAAAUGGCACCUCUUCCCGAUUCCAUUCUCGCCCUCCUGCCUCGCUCGUUCGGCAUCUCUGCAGCUGAAUCGGCGACUGCCCCAGCUGUCCACGAACUCAUCAAGCGAAAUGAAGACCGCAAAGCUAUCUACAGUGCCGGUUCCAAACCGGCAACUGAUUUCAACAACAAAGGAAUCCAAGCACUAUUCGCCCUGAUCGGCAUCGGCAUGGUUCUCACCUCGAUCUGGUUUUUCUUCUGGGCGAAGAAUGGUGGCUUCAAGUGGAGAGAAGGUGACUGGGAGGACUACAAAUCUACUGUCAUGCGUCGCAAGGGACCAGAUGGUAAAACGCUCUCGAACGCUACCAAGAGCACAAGACUUGGUGGUGGAAGUGUUGUCCACGGUGGAAGUUACGGUGCCGAGAGCAGCGUUGGAUAUACCGAUGAGACCGGUACCAGUGCAGAUUUUGGCGAGAUGCGUGAGGUUGAAGAAGGCAAGUCACGCGUCUUCGGUCUUCGUGGAGGUGAUGGCGAGAAGAAGAAGAAGCGUCGCCGCGACCAUACCAACGACUACAGAGAUGAGGACCUCCGCGACUACCGUGAAGAGAAGCCCGCUCGUGUCGGUGGUCUCAACCGCAAUGCCGAUGGUGUCUACACUGAUUACUCUGCCACUGAACCCUCCGAGCUUGGCUCCAAUGUCUCCAGCAAACCCCUCGUCAAGUCCAAGGAUCCCCGCGACAAGAAGAAGGAGGCCAAGGAAAAGGAACGCCGUGCAAAGGAACGCAUGAGGCAAGCCAAGUUGAUCGAAAAGAACGCCGCCCGAACCGCCGCUGCUGAAGCCAAAGCCCAAAAGGAAGCCGAGAAGGAACAGGCAAAGAAGGAGAAGGCCGAAAAGAAAAACAAAGCCAAGAACAAGCGCACUGAAACCGAGUACACUCCAACUGAAGCCCCUAUCUCCGAGUACCAAUAUCCACAAUCUGAAGCUCCUCCUACCGAGUACCCUCAGUCCGAGCCUGCCCGUAUUGAGUACCCCCAGAUUGAAGCACCUCCUUCCCAGCAUCGCAGGUCCAGGGCUCCUCCAGCCGAAGCCACUGUCCAGCAGCCAGCUCAAGCUCGCCGUGCUCCUCCUUCUGCCGCGUACUCCUUCACCACUGGCGACGACACCAAUACCGUUUACAGCAGCGCCUACACCGACAACCGCACCGCACCUUCUGAGGCUGCCCCCGAAUCAUCCUACUACUCGGACUACCGCCCCAACGCCGACCCCAACGCGUUCUCAAAGCCACCCCGUUCAUCUCGCCGUGAACGUCAAUCGCAGUCCCAGAACCGCUCUUCCCACUCCGCCUCUCCCCGCAAGCACCGAACCUCCCGCCCAUCUGAGGCACCCAUCGCCCCAUCCGACAUCUUCACCCAGAACAACGGUGACGCUCAGGGCCACAUGUCGUACCCAUGCCACAUCCCGGGCCUCAGCACCGCAGGCAGCGUCGCCGUGAGCGACAGCGUUAGCCAGGUGCACGCCAAGCGUGAGAGGCGCGGCCGCGAUGUCAUGGACGGCUACCGUCGCGGUGGCAUCCGACCCGUCGGACGACGCGACAGCUUGAGCGACAGCGACUCGUGAUUCAGAUUGUUGAACAACCACAAGCGUCUUCUAAACGGAUACCCCUCUACCCUUUAUGUACAAUAUAGCACGACAAACUUCUUCUUUUUCAAACCUCCUCUCGGCGUUUUCAGCGGCACAAACUGGCAGGCACUCUAUAGCGUGGGAACACAUGACAUGACUUCGAUGGGCGGGCGGAAGCGAAAGGGGACGACACGGACUUUCCGAGAUUGACGAAGCACGUUGGUCAUGCAUGUUCGCAUGGCUUUUUUUAUUCUGGCAUGGCAUGGCAUGGAGAAACGGUAUGGGAAACACGAAAGCAAUCCAACAGUAUAUAGACAAACCACCCCCAAAAACACAAUCAAUGAAAUGAAAUGGAAUCAACUCACC